CUGCUCCUGUCUCCUGUCUCCUCCCCUGGCCAUGACAGAGACCCGUGAGCCAGCUGAGACUGGGGGCUAUGCCAGCUUGGAAGAAGACGAUGAGGACCUCUCUCCAGGCCCUGAGCAUUCCUCUGACUCUGAAUACACUCUCUCAGAGCCAGACUCCGAAGAGGAAGAAGAUGAGGAGGAGGAGGAGGAGGAGGCCACUGACGAUCCUGAAUAUGACCCUGGCUACAAGGUGAAGCAACGCCUGGGGGGGGGCCGGGGGGGCCCAUCCCGCCGGGCCCCCCGUGCAGCCCAGCCCCCGGGCCCCCCAGCCCAGCCCUGCCAGCUCUGUGGCCGCUCACCCCUUGGGGAGGCCCCACCAGGCACCCCACCUUGCCGGCUCUGCUGCCCUGCUACAGCCCCCCAGGAAGCUCCAGCCCCUGAAGGCAGGGCCCUCGGGGAGGAAGAGGAGGAGCUGCCUCGGGCUGGGGAGGGUCGACCAGCUGGGAGGGAGGAGGAGGAGGAGGAAGAUGAGGAGGAGGAGGGCACCUAUCACUGUACGGAGUGUGAGGAUUCCUUCGACAACCUCGGGGAGCUGCACGGGCACUUCAUGCUGCAUGCCCGGGGCGAGGUGUAGGCAGAGCCCCCCACCCAGGGAGCUUGGCUAAAGGGGUGGGGUGGGAGGAGGGGGCUGAGGAAAUUGGGGUGGUCGCAAUGGUCAUGUGGGACGGGGUACCGCCGAUCUGUGUCGUCUUAGCAGUAGAUGUGUGAAGGCCAGAAUAAAAGCCAAAUUCCGUGUGUGUC